AUGGCGCGUAAACAACAAAUUUCAAUCCAAGAGACCGUUGACAACAAUGAGGACUUCGCGAACUACCUCCAGGCUCAUCACGAUCAACUGAUAUGUAUGGAGGUGUACUCGGACUUCUGUGGCCCUUGCUUAGCAACAGCCAAUGCCAUCAGGAAGGGCAAGUUGGAAAUUGGUCAAGACCGUAUAGCUAUGGUCAAGUGUUGUGCAGAUAAAAUAGACGCUCUGGAAAGAUUCAAGGACCACAGCGAACCAGCAUUCCUCUUUAUUGUGCAAGGAAAGCUUACCCGUGCAAUGUUCGGACCCAAUGGUAUAGACCUCUGUCGUAUCAUAGAGGAAGAGCUGAAGUUUUUAGAUAGAGAAGCUGAAGGGGAUGUCGUGGAAAGGCCCAAGUUGGAAAUCCAUGAAAUGCUCCCUGAAGAAGCGGAAAAAAUGCAAGAGAAUCUUAAAAUUGAAGAGGAGUACCGUGAGGCGGCUGAAAGACUUCGAGUACUAACAUUAGCUGCUCGUAAGAAGCGAGUGAACGAACGACUGUCGCAGAACAUCAAGCGGCUGAACUUCAUCAUGUUCUGGCCACACUGCCACCAGGCGCACUACGAUCUGUACGAAAAAUGGGACAUGAUCAAUAUAACUGUGGCCGCCAAAGAUACGUUCCAGUUGGACGAGAAGACUGCGCGGGAGGCGCUGUACAUGAGCGAUGUGGACACCAACGAAGCGUGUCUCCACGCACUCCUGAGCGGCAAAGUUCUGGUUGUGCUAUUCAAAAUGUUUGAGACUGAUACCCGAGAUUUCGUCAAAUUGAUGCGCUACGCUUUAUAUGAAGAGAUACCUAUCCCCAAGGAGGACGUGCCUCCUGAGAAGCAAGUUCCUCUAGUACCUGCUUACGAGCGCUACGCUACAAUCAGUAAAACUGCUAGAGAGAUCCGCCGAGACCGACACAACGCUAAACUGCAGAAAAUGAAAGAAGAAAGAGAAGAGUUAGAACGUCUUCUAGCUGAGCAGGAACGGUUGGCGCGAGAAGCCGAGCAAGAGGCAAUCAGGCUAGAGAAACAGCGGAAAGACGAGGAAAGGAUGGCGCGGCUGGCUGCAGGGUUACCAGCUGAACCAGAGCCUGAGCCUACACCAGUAGCGGCUCCACCAGAGGAGGGUGAAGCAGGGGAACCUAAAGAAGGAGAGGAAACAGGGGAAGGUCAGGUUGAGGGAGGCGAAGAGAAACGUGAGGCAACAGAAACUGUGUCAGACGUAGCCACUACUCUCACAGAAACGACUCCAGGAGACGCAAAUCCUGACGAAAUAGCUGCAGAGGAAGCAGUUGUAGAGGAAACAGUUGUAGAGAAAAAAGAAGAAGAAUUUGAUUCAGACGUUGAAAUAGAGGGGGAGGACUACAUCCCUCCAGGAGGAUUAUUCGUACCUGGACUGUACACCCCACCUAAUGAACUAGCUAAAGCUAAUGGGCUAGCAUUGUUCUAUCCUAAGCAAGUAACGACCUUGGCAGAGAAAAUAGAGACGGAGUACCUGCCACCCCAUGUGCUCGUCAUAUUCCCCAUAGACAAGCGAUAUGACGUGCAGGAUGUUGUGAAACAGUAUUCGUCUGAGAUCUUAAAUAUGGGCAUCUUUGUCGGCGAGGAUCCAUACAACGCAGAGCAUGUAGCUUACAGCAUCAAGCAGUACGAUAAGAUGGAACGACCGAGAAGAUACUUCGACCGGCUGGCACUGAUGGUGUCCCGCAAGCGGAGCCUGCCACUGCUACAGCUGGCGGGACUCAACCCGGUCUACAUCAGCGCGGACGUCACGAGCGGGGAGCGGGAGUGUCUGUCCAUGUUCCCGGUGGGAUACGGAGACGAAUACGUGGAAAUUGAGAGCGUCAAAGAAGAGGAAGUUGUGGAAGUAGUGGAAGUCGUACCGGAAGUAGUAGAGACUCCAGAACCUACCGAACCUAAACCGGCAGAGGAAGAGGACGAGGAGGACGAGGAGGGCGCCCAGGAGGCGUGA